UCUUCUUCCUUCUCUCUCUCUCCUUACCGCUCAUGUCCUCUCAGUCCGGCAACCCCAUCUCUCCGCCCCCAGGCGCUGCAAGCAACGCAAAUGCGGGCGGCGUCCGCAGACAUCACACUAUCUCAGCCUCAUCGCGCACCGCCCGCCCGACUUCCAAAAUCGCCCUUGGUGAACUCGACGACCCACAGACAGAGCAGUUUUGGAACGAUGACGAGCCUGUAGACCAGGACUGGGUUGGCGGCAUCGGUGCUGUAGGCGAGAAGUCUUCUCUCCACAGGCAGGCGUCAUUGCCGACCAGAUACCAUCGCACAUUUGGUGGAUCAGGGGCUAGGCAGCCAGGCUCGCACACCCCUCGUACCUUGAACAGUCUAUCCGCCAUCGCUGGGCACGAAGGCGACGAAGAAGAGUGGGAGCGCGACAUGCGGGGUUUCCAUAACGAUGACGAGCACCCCGGCAUGUCCGUUUCCGAUCAUGGCCAUGGCGACUCGGCUUCCGUCUCUCCUCUAUCGCCUCAUUUCUCUGGGCUUCCUCACGGCCCUUCGCCUCCGCCUGGAACGGCAGGCGCUGGUGGCGUGCGCAGACACCAGAGUCUAAAUUAUCCCACAACUACACCAGGGGUUAGACGGCUAGCGUCCGGCCUCAAGCGUGCAGGUACUCUCCAGGUCGGCGCGAAGGGACCUCAGGGCUACUCGGGCGCACAAAGCCCGAGCCCAACGAAUGCUGAUGAAGAGUACGAAGACGAGGCCCAUGUGGAUGACGAAUCGUAUUUCGCGCUGCAGAAUCAGCAGGGGGGGCAGUACCCCGGCAGUCCGAUUGGCCGGUCCUCUCCCUGGAGCACCCCAGGAGGCGAAUGGCGUGCACAGAUGGGCGGCAACGGCGGAUCCUACAACAACACGGCUGGGAACAAUGCAGGCAUCGACGACGUAUCGCGUGCCCUCUCUGCGCUCGAGAUCAACCAGCAGUACGCCAAUGUACAGCAAGGCCAGUCCGUUCAUCCCCCGCGAUUCAAUCCCUCCCACCCUCCUCCUGUCCAGGCUCCAGGGCUGCGUAGUGGGAACGGAGGCGGUUCGAGGAAGCUUCAGCUCGUCACCGAUCUCAACGGCCGUGAUGGCCAGGCGGUGCAAAGCGCGUCCGCAUUCGUUCCUCCCAUCGGCCACCCUGGUCAGGGCGGUCAGCAGUCUGAGCAGCAGCAAGGACAGCACCCGCACCAGCGAGAUCGCGCAUUCACCGCGUCGGGCACUCCAUGGGAGCAGAAGGAGCGUCUCCUCGUCCCCCGGACGUCAAACCCCGGCCUUGCGUCCCUCUACCAGCAAGGCAAGAUGGAUGGAACCGGACAAAACGUUCCCAGCGUGCCGUCCAUUCCGGCGCAAUUCUUGAAUCAAGGACAGGCGCCGCGCUUGGGCGUGUCGAGCUCCGCUGGCAAUGUGGCCAGUCAGGGCCAGGGCCAGGGUGCUAACCAGGGUCAAGGAAACCAGAGUGGGGGAAUCGAUGGCUUCGUCGGCACCCCCAUCGACGUCCCCACGCUCAUCGCGACGAAAGGUUACAACCCUGUCGACUUCGACACGAGACCCGCGUUCGCGCGGUUCUUCGUUAUCAAAUCGUACACGGAGGAUGACGUUCACAAGUCGCUCAAGUAUGAAAUCUGGAGCUCGACGGAUCCCGGUAACAAGCGCCUAGACAAGGCGUUCAAGGAGACCGCGGGACGGGGCCCUAUCUACCUGUUCUUCAGCGUCAACGCAAGUGGUCACUUCUGCGGCAUGGCGGAGAUGUUGACUCCUGUUGACUACACGCGGAGCAGCACAGUGUGGGCGUCUGACAAAUGGAAGGGUGUCUUCAAGGUGCGAUGGAUUUUCGUUCGGGACAUUCCUAAUGCCAGUCUGCGUCACAUCCGCCUCAAUAACACGCAAGAACGCAAGCCUGUCACGAACUCCCGUGAUACGCAGGAGCUGCUUCCUGAUGCUGGUCAAGAGAUGCUGCGCAUCUUCCACACGCAUCCCGCAAGGACGUCUUUGCUGCAGGACUUCGCCUUCUACGAGCUGCAAGCAAUGCAAAAGGCACAGGCGCAAGCGCUCACUCAGGGCGCGUCAUCCCCUAGUCAAACUCCCAUAGGCGUGCAAACAUCGGGAAAUCAAGGUCAGGGUGGUGUCUCUCCAACGUCCACUGGCCAACAUCCUUUCGCCAUGGCCAACCCCACAGCCCUCGCCUAUGCCGCCCAGCAAAUGGGUCUGCCGCAAAUGAACAUGAACAUGGGAAUGGGCAUGGGCAUGCAGAUGAACCCGAUGCUGCAGAUGCAGAUGAAUAUGGGCCAACCUUUCGUAAAUCCACAGGCGAUGCAGAGCGUCAUGCGAAACCCGAGCCCAGGCCCAAUGCCUGUCAGCGCACAGAAUUUCAUGAACCUCGGCGGUAUGCAAGGGUUCUAAAGGAUGUGCCCCGCCCAAGACACGCAUGACAACAAGAACGAGACUACACUGUACCCCUCAUCUUGAAUAGAGCUUCCAGACGAACCGUCGAUUCCCGUGGACGGACGGAAACGGUACAUAUGUGCACUAAUGUUCCUGUUUUCCAUUUGCUGCUACCCUCCUUGUUUUCUGAAUUCUCGUCUUCCCCAAACUCACCCUCUCUGUAUUACUAUAAAGUCCCCGCCAGCAGCGCUCGUCGUUCGUUUACUGUUACCAUAAUGACCCCCAUGCCCUCGCGCUGCCUAGCUUUCAUACGGUAUGCACGCGCUUAUGCUAAAUUCUCAACCCCAGAACCACCAUCGGCUCGCCUUCUUGACUUGGCAACCUUUGGUUCCAGAGGCCCAUUUGGUGUCCAACCCCGAGCUACAAGUCUGGCAAUCCCUCCAUGUGUCUUCUCUUGCUGUUAUCUCUCUAUCUUGCCCCCUAUGUUCUUCUACUUUCGAUCGCGUCUUCUGCUCCUGUUCGAAUUGUUCUUCGUAGUACGUUACGCUAUUUGCAUUGCACCGACUGCAGCAGGUAC